AUGCUUCCUUUGAAUGUUACAGAAACGGCUCAAGGAAAUCCACUUUGUACUGGUAAUGCUCUUACGACCGAUAAAAUUGAACAACAUUUAAAGGUAGAUUCGACAACAGACACCUUCAACAGCGCUGACGUAGGAACUUAUACUGAUACUCUUUUGGAAGGUUUGCUGACAGAGCUCAAGUAUAAUCAACCUGCUCUUAACUUAUGUGACGAUAAAAGUGUUUAUACUGGUUCAGUAACAGUAGUCGAUAAGUCAGCAGCAGAAAGAACAGCGGCGAUAAAAAUUAGAUUGUUUUCAUUGCAAAGUACUGUUACUGGAGUUGUUAUCGGUGGAUUUAACAAUUUAGCAGUUGGAAACUACGCAGUGAACGGUAUUGGAAAUUAUGCGGUUUUUUCGUAUCCAGCUGGACGACGUUAUGUGUGGUGGCCGGCCUGGUUUCGUCAAGGAAUGGCACCAAGAUACACCGCUGGCACGUACUAUUAUCAGUGGGUUUAUCCGACGGGUCAACAAGUAACUGACCAGCGGCUGGUCAACGUUAAUGUUCCAUAUUAA